AACAUGGCGGCCAACAUAGAGCAAAUUUUUCAGGAUUUUAUAUUGAGUAAAAUCAGGGAAAUUGAAGACCAAAAUGAAGAAAAACCUGCUGGAGAUCGAGCGGCUCCUUGCAGUGAAGCGGAGGCAGAAGAGAAAUCCACCACGGACAGAGAGAAACAGGACGACUUCAGGGCCAGUGGCUCACAAAAGAAACACAAGAAGCACAAAAAACACAAGAGUAAGAAGAAGAAGAGGAAUCGAGAGAAGGAGAGCAGCUCAGAGUCUGUGGCAGAACCGGAAGGAACGAAAAAGUCAAGAAGAGGAACACCGACAGAGGUGAAUAAGGAGCAAGGUGAAGAGAAGAAGAGCAAAUCCAAAUGCCAUAAGCGGCACUCUACAGGAAAGCGGAAGAAGAAGAAGCGAAAGAAGAAAGGUGAAGACAACUCAUCAGGUUCCGACUCUGAGUAUGUGUCAAAGCAGAGGGAUAGUAAUUGUGGUCAAAGGUUAUCGCCAAGGCGACGAGAGGAGCUGCCUGAUAUCAUCCCCAAACAGGACAGCUCCAAUAAAGGGAGAAGAGAUGAGGAAAGACGUGGGAGGCGAAGUUGUCGUUCCCGUUCCUGCUCACAGUCACAUUCCGAUAAUCAUUCACAUUCCUGCUCAGCGAAGAUUCCCUCGCGCUCCCAGUGUGAUCACCUCCACCGAAGAUCUAGGACUCGCUCCUUAUCCAGAUCAAAGCUCCAAAGGACCCGGUCCAGCUCCUCAGAGAAGAGGAAAGCUUUGAACGAACCCACACAGUCGCCUCAGCUGGCCUCCAGCCCCUGUACAGGAAACCUUAGAACAGAGGAGCUGGGAGAGUCGAGCACAGCCGAGCUGCUGAGCCCAGAUCAGUGUGAGAAGCCAGCAGAGAAAAAAGCAGAGGAAACAACACAGAUACUUGGUUGUGGUUCAUCCCAGUCCUCGCUGGACCAGUCCACGGUUACUAAACCUGACCCGACCGCUGAGCCCGGCUGCACUCAGCUGAAAGCAGCAGAAUACCCCAGGUACCUCGCCACCGAUGAUAAAUCACAGGCAAAGAAGAAGAGGAAAACAUCCAAGUCCCCGCCGAGGAGCAAAGAGGGAAAGUCAUCAAAAAGGCAGAAAAGAUCCAAGUCUCCGUGUCGGAGUCACAGGAAAGGGUCCAGAUCGAGGAGCCCUUCCAGGAGGACGAGAUCACGGUCGAGGUCGGGGGGGAGGAGGUCCAGGAGGUCACGCUCGUGGUCGGCGUCACGGAGCCGGAAGAGGGCUACAUACAGCCAGAGGGACCGCUGGAAAAGAGAGCCGAGUCACUCCCCUGUACUCAUCCUCCGCAAAGAUAGGUCAUCACCCACCAGGAAACACGGCAGUCAAGGCAACAGUCCUCAACGCAUCAGUGAACUGGAUAAGGAACAGUUGUUGGAAAUCGCCAAGGCCAAUGCUGCUGCUAUGUGUGCCAAAGCAGGUAUGCCCGUCCCUGCCAGCCUGAGGUCCACAGUGCUUCCCAUGGCUCUGCCAAAUAUGGCCAUGAAUGCUGCAAUGGCCAGCAUGACUGCCGCCACCAUGACAGCAGCCUUGUCAAACAUGGGCACUUUGUCUUCACUGCUCUCACUGCCUUCCAUCACCAACAAGCCUCCUCCUGCUGCAGCACAACCCAACAGCACUGCUCUGGAGGAGGUGAAGAGGAAAGUGGCCAAACAGGCCAACAGCAUCAGCAUUAAGGAGUUUACUGAUAAAUGCAAGAUGAUCGUGGACAGUAAAGGCGAGCUGCCGGUGGCUGUGCCUCAUGUGUCGGACGAAGAGGAUGAUGGGAAACCGUUUGGAGGAGCAGCUCUUCGGGAACAAAAAGCCAUCAGCUUCAGCAUCAAUAACACGACAGUUCGUCCAGCCGUGCGAAGCGAUGCAGGCAUUGCCAAGGAGUUCCCUGUGUCCUCAGGAUGUCAGCAUCGUAAGAAGGAGGGCGAGGCAAUGGGCGCCUAUGGAGAAUGGGUUCCGGUCGACAAAGCAGCAGAGAAAGCUGCAGCUGCAGCCAGAAAGGCCUCGAGCACAGUUCACACAGCCACUUCAUCAUCGGGUGAAACCGCGGCGGCAGGUUCACCAGAGGCUGGAGAACAACCAGCACUUGGGCCUGUUAAUGACAACGUGUUUCCGGACCCCGUGAUGCAGCCUGUAGAUAUCUCUCAGGCUGUAACCGAGAGAAUCAAAGCUCAGAGGCGUUUGGCUGAGAACCCAUAUGACGUCAGUGCCAUCUGUAUGCUCAGCAGGGCGCAGGAGCAGGUAGAUGCUUGGGCCCAAUCCAACACCGUCCCUGGUCUCUUCACUGGUUCCACUGGAGCCCAAGUUCUGAGCUCUGAGGAGCUGUCCACAGGUGGACCACAAGCAUGGCUGAAGAAGGACCAGUUCCUCAGGGCGGCCCCAGUAUCAGGGGGUGUCGGGGAGUUCCUGAUGAGGAAGAUGGGCUGGAGGACGGGGGAGGGCCUAGGGAGGAACCGUGAGGGCACCGUUGAGCCAAUCAUUAUUGACUUUAAGGUCGACCGCAAAGGACUAGUUGCCGAAGGAGAGAAGCCACAGAAGCAGACAGGAGGACUGGUGGUUACCAAAGAUCUAAUGGGGAAGCACCCGGUGUCUGCUCUCAUCGAAUUGUGCAACAAGCAACGGAUAAUGCAGCCAGACUUUGUCAUGGUUCACCACAGCGGUCCUGACCACCGCAAGAAUUUCCUCUUCAAGGUAACAGUGAAUGGCGUGGACUACCAGCCGCAGACAGCUAGCCCCAACAAGAAACACGCCAAGGCCAUGGCAGCUACAGUCGCCUUACAGGCUCUGGGAGAGGUUCCUAUUGAUGGACCAGGACUCUACACUGGCCCUGUUUUCACUGCUGCUUCUACUGGCCCCCUCUUCUCUACAUAGACACACACACACACACACAACUGGGCCUGAGUGUUACACACUUCAACUGUUAAACUAUACUCAGAUAGUUGUUUCUGAAUAUAGUGACCAAUUUUAUACGUGCAAAACCACACAUCUCUUAUUUUUAAACCGUCAUAAUGUUUAUGACAGGGUGGCAAACAUAUUUUUGCCGAGUUGUUAGUAUUAUGAGAUCAUGUUUAAAGUGUAUGGCAUGUAUUUAUGCAUCUAUGUACGUAUGAUGAUAUUUGUAAAAUCGUAGCAUUUCAAACUAAUAUAUAUUAGCUCACCGUUACUUUAGUCUCACACCAGACCGGACAGGCGUGUCUCUGCGGUAGAUUUGCUGUUGGACACAGCAGAGCAGAUCUUAGUCGGGCUGUGAAAUGAAACCUGUACAUGACUGGGUCUUGUUGGUUAGAAAAGCUUUUUCUGUUGUUCCUGUUGUCAUGUCCGUGGCCUGGCGUCCUUUUAACGCAAUGUUUCUCAAGUUGCUGAUAAGCUGACCUUAUGAAAAUGUGUAAACACAAAAUAAAGAUUAUAUUUAAGUUAUGUCUUAGGAGAAUCCAUAUCAUGUUUCAUGGUGACGAUACCUGUUGAAUGUGAGUGAAGCGACCUCAGGGUUUCCUGAAUUAAACUCCACAGCUGAUGA